GGCAAUGAGCAGACUACGAGUCCCAGAGGCCUCUGGGAGGGAGCGGGGUCAACGAGGGCCAGAAGCACCUCAGGCCUGUGAGCAGGCGGAGGUUUCCGCACCCUCGCGUCUCUUGCUCUCUGCCAGCUGCACCCCUCGCCGCCAGCCCAGGCCGCCCGUCUCCUGCAGCCUCGCUGUCCAGGAGCUGUGGCCUCUGAGCACGACCAUGGGCACCCAGAGCGUCUGCGUCAGGAAGAGGCCGCCAUCCACAGCAAGCAGAGCUGCACCAAUACUUCCAGGCUCAGCGGCUGGGCCUCCUUUUUCUGCUCGGAUUAUUUUACAGACGUUUGCUGGGGCUUCUGGGGACACCUCACAUCCAGACCAUAAUGGGGGCAGCAGAAAGGAUGAGACCCUGAUUGUAGACUCUCCUAUGCCACCACACAUGGAGGACCCAGGCUGGUGUGCAUGGCAAGUGUACCUGGAGUGGCCAGGGGAGCCGGGUGUGCCAGAGGAGCUCGUGGACAGCACGGCAGCCAUGGGGCUGCUCACCGGGGACGCACUGUGGGCCCUGAGUGUGGCCGUGGCCGUCUUCCUGCUCCUGGUGGACCUGAUGCACCGGCGCCAACGCUGGGCUGCACGCUACCCGCCAGGCCCUCUGCCACUGCCCGGGCUGGGCAACCUGCUGCAGAUUGACUUCCAGAACAUGCCCAGCUCCUUCCAAAAGAUGAGGUUCCGCUUUGGUGACGUGUUCAGCCUGCAGCUGGCCUGGAAGCCUGUCAUUGUGCUCAAUGGGCUGGCCGCUGUGCGGGAGGCGCUGGUGAACCACAGCGAGUACACCUCCGACCGCCUGUGGAGGCCCAUCUAUGAGCACCUGGGCUUCGGACCACGGUCUCAAGGUGUGAUCAUGGCAACCUAUGGACAUGCCUGGCGUGAGCAGCGGCGCUUCUCUGUGUCGACGAUGCGCAACUUUGGCCUGGGCAAGAGGUCCUUGGAGCAGCUGGUGACCAAGGAGGCCAGCUGCCUCUGUACAGCCUUUGCCAAAAAGACUGGAAACCCCUUUAACCCCAUGUCCCUGCUGAAGAGAGCAGUGUGCAAUGUGAUCUCCUCCCUCAUCUAUGCCCGACGCUUUGAGUAUGAUGACCAACGCUUGGCCAAGAUACUUGUCCUUCUGGAUGACACAGUGAAAGAGGAUUCUGGCUUUGUGCCCAUGGUGCUGAAUGUGGUCCCAGUGCUCCUGCGCAUCCCAGGGCUGCCUGGCUGGGUCUUCCCUGCACAGAAGGCCUUCAAGGCCAUGGUGGAUGAGCUGUUGGUGGAGCACAGGAUGACCUGGGACCCAGCCCAGCCACCGCGAGACCUGACUGACGCCUUCCUAGCAGAGGUGGAGAAGGCCAAGGGGAACCCUGAGAGCAGCUUCAAUGAUGAGAACCUGCGCAUCAUGGUGCUUGACCUGUUCACCGCAGGGAUGGUGACCACCUCAACUGGCCUAGGCCUGCUCAUGAUCCUGCACCUGAAUGUGCAGCGCCGCGUCCAACAGGAGAUUGAUGAAGUGAUAGGGCAGGUGCGGCAGCCAGAGAUGGGGGACCAGGCCCGCAUGCCCUUCACCAUGGCUGUGAUUCACGAGGUGCAGCGUUUUGGAGACCUUGUCCCUCUAGCUGUGCCUCACUUGACAACCCGUGACAUUGAGUUGCAGGGCUUCUUCAUCCCUAAGGUAGGCCUGGGCCCUUCUCCCAACUUUGUGAAGCGGGAGGCCUUCAUGCCUUUCUCAGCAGGCCGUCGUGUGUGCCUCGGGGAGCCCUUGGCCCGCAUGGAGCUCUUCCUCUUCUUCACCUGCCUCCUACAGCGCUUUAGCUUCUCAGUGCCUCCUGGAUAAGCCCGGCCCAGCGACUAUGGUGUGUUUGGUACCAUAAUAACCCCAUCCCCCUACCAACUGUGUGCUGAGCCCCGAUAGAGGAGAUAGCAGACUCCAACUCUGCCCCCAGACAGGGCUUUGGUGUUCAAUAAACCAGUCUUGUCACUGUCA